CCGACCCGCCCAAUUCCCAGUCUUCCUCAUAACCGGUCCAAGACCAAAAUCUAUCAAAAAACCACAAGCAAUCAACACUUCGAAACAUUCAAUUACUCUGCUCCAAUUCUCCAGUAUUUCUUCUCCAAAUCAGUUCCAAUUCAUCACGUUAACAACAAUUCAACAACAAUAACAGAAUCAGCAGCAGAAAUAACGAGCAUUAAACGAUGUCGUUUGAGUUAGAAGAAGAAGAUGCCUUCGAGCACACGUUACUAGUGGUUCGAGAAGUUUCGGUGUUCAAAAUACCGCCGCGAUCCACCAGCGGCGGUUACAAGUGCGGCGAGUGGCUGCAAUCGGACAAGAUCUGGUCCGGGAGGCUCCGAGUGGUGUCGUGCAACAAUCGGUGUGAUAUCCGGUUAGAGGAUCCGAAUUCUGGUGAUUUGUUUGCUGCGUGUUUUGUGCAUCCUGGACAGAGGGAGAAUGCGGUGGAAUCGGUGCUUGAUUCGUCGAGAUAUUUUGUGUUGAAGAUUGAGGAUGGGACGGGGAAGCAUGCGUUUAUCGGGCUAGGGUUUACGGAGAGGAAUGAGGCGUUUGAUUUCAAUGUGGCGUUGUCGGAUCAUGAGAAGUAUGUGAAGAGGGAGAGUGAGAAGGAGGAUGGUGGUGAAGGGAGUGAUGAGAGGCAGAUUAAUAUUCAUCCUGCUGUUAAUCAUAGAUUGAAGGAAGGUGAGACAAUUAGGAUCACUGUAAAAAACAAGCCUGCUAGUGGAGCUGGGAUGCUUUCGGCUGCUGGAUUAUCUGGCGGUGCUGGUGGGUCUGAAAAGAUUAAGCCACUAAGCCUUGCUCCACCACCUGUUACCUCCACAAGGAGUGGAGCUUCGGAAACCGAGAAAGUGAAGCCGCUAGGCCUUGCUCCUCCACCUGCCGCCACUCGGAAAACAAGGUCACUUAUCCCACCGCCACCCAAUGACCCUGCUGCUGUUCGGAUGACAUCUACAAAUCACAAGGAAACUGCAAAGAGUUCUACAGAUGCUUUUGCUGAUUUCUCUCAGAUUGAGAAGAAUCUUCCUUCCAUUAGUGGUUCUGGAUCAGGUCAAAAUAAAAACACUGCAGCUGGAUGGGCAGCAUUUUGAGGUUGUAAUACUUGGUAAACAUUUAUUGUGUUAUGUUUUGAAACACAGAAUAUGGCCCAUUAUUACUAAUAAUUCUACCUGAAAUAUGUCGAUUACUACACUUGAUUCAAUUAUUUUGUUUCAUAUUUA